ACAGCAUGCUUACAAGUAGUGUGUGAACAUAACAUUUUAGUAUUUUUCAUUUUUCUUUGUGCCUUUCCUAACUUUUUCGUGUACAUAAGUGUGGCUCUGAAUUCUGCUUGAUUCUAUCUUCUCUUUCCUCUUGAUGGCACUUGAAUUGCCUAUACUUGUGCUGUUAGUGUCAUACCUUAUAACACAAGUUUCCUACAGACUAGUUGCUACUCAAGACUUCAUCCCAUAGUUGAUAACGGGUUUUACUGAUGUAUUGUAGUUGCAGCUGUAUUUGUGGCAUAAAGAUGAAGGAAGCUUAAUUUAAGAUUUUACGUAGUACCAUUACGUUCAUCUGUUGAGGAGAUCUUUCCUAUGGCUUAGAGAACUUCAAAAUUUUUAGCAGAAAUACCAUCAGUUUUCUGAAUUAGCGUCCUGCUUCCCUCAUCAGUUAUACUGUGAAAUAAAACUUUUAUACUUCCCAAUGUAAUGAGUAGGGACGACCUUGAUGUAGCAAGUGUAGUGCGGUGUAUCCAUGCUUUUGGUCUCGUUUCUUGUUUCCUCUUUUAGAUUAAAAGAUGUGGGGAAAUGGCUCGGAAGCUACGAUUUUUCAGGGAGCAAAUGACAAGGGCUGGUUUAUCGCCAUCAUCAUAUUCUUUAGGGACUCAUGACUUUGAUCUGGAUAAUUUGGAGGUUAAACUUGGAGAACUUGAAGUAGAGUUGUUAGAGAUAAAGGACAACAACGAAAAGUUACAACGCAAUUAUAGUGAGCUAUUGGAAUACAAGCUAGUGCUCCAGAAGGUUGGUGAGUUUUUUCAUCUAGCUCAAAGGACAGCUGCAGCUCAUCAAAGAGAACUGGAAGUGCAGCAAAACGGGGAAGGAUCUAUUGACACCCCCUUACUAUUGGAACAAGAAAUGACAACCGAUCCAACGAAACAAGUUAAACUAGGAUAUAUCAGUGGUCUAGUUCCGAGGGAAAAGUCAAUGGCUUUUGAAAGGAUUUUGUUUCGUUCAACUAGGGGCAAUGUGUAUCUGAGACAAGCUGUGAUUGAUGGUUCCGUUACUGAUCCUGUAUCUGGAGAUAAGGUUGAGAAAAAUGUGUUUGUCAUAUUUUAUUCUGGAGAAAGAGCAAAGGAAAAAAUUCGGAAAAUAUGCGAAGCUUUUGGUGCAAAUCGUUACCCAUUCACUGAUGACUUGGGCAAACAAUUUCAGAUGAUCACAGAGGUGUCUAGAAAGCUCUCCGAAUUGAAGAUUACCAUUGAUAUGGGGCAACUGCACCGAAGUCAACUCUUGCAGACGAUUGGCCAUCAAUAUGAGCUGUGGAAUCUUCUGGUAAAGAAGGAAAAAUCUGUUUACCACACUUUGAAUAUGCUCAGUGUUGAUGUUACAAAGAAAUGCCUUGUAGGUGAAGGAUGGUGCCCUGUUUUUGCAACAAUUCAGAUUCAAAGUGUGAUGCAGAAGGCAACCCACGACAGCAAAUCACAAAUCGAGGCUAUCUUUCAUGUUUUGGAUACAAAGGAAGCGCCACCAACAUAUUUCUGCACAAACAAAUUUACUUCUUCGUUCCAAGAAAUCGUGGAUGCAUAUGGGGUUGCUAAGUAUCAGGAAGCAAAUCCUGGAGUCUACACUAUUGUCACCUUCCCUUUCCUAUUUGCUGUAAUGUUUGGUGAUUGGGGCCAUGGAAUAUGCCUGUUGCUGGCAACAUUAUAUUUUAUAAUAAGGGAGAAGAAAUUCUCCGGCCAGAAACUUGGAGAUAUCGUUGAAAUGACUUUUGGGGGUCGUUAUGUUAUCAUGAUGAUGGCACUUUUUUCGAUCUACACAGGACUGAUUUACAAUGAAUUCUUUUCUGUCCCAUUUGAACUUUUUGGGCCUUCUGCAUACGGUUGUCGUGAUACUUCAUGCAGGGAUGCUACUUCCAUUGGUUUAAUAAAGGUUCGUGAUACAUAUCCAUUUGGUGUGGAUCCCAAGUGGCAUGGCACGCGAAGUGAGUUACCUUUUCUCAACUCUUUGAAGAUGAAGAUGUCUAUCCUACUGGGAGUAGCUCAAAUGAAUCUAGGAAUUAUACUGAGCUACUUCAAUGCAAAAUUCUUUGGAGAAAGCAUUAACAUCUGGUACCAAUUUGUUCCCCAGAUGAUAUUCUUGAACAGCUUAUUUGGUUACCUCUCACUUCUCAUCAUUGUAAAGUGGUACUCUGGAUCUCAAGCUGAUCUGUAUCACGUAAUGAUAUAUAUGUUCUUGAGUCCUACUGAUGAUCUAGGUGAAAAUCAGCUUUUCCCAGGACAGAAGUUCCUUCAGCUUCUGUUACUUCUGUCUGCCCUCACUGCCGUGCCAUGGAUGUUAUUUCCCAAGCCUUUUCUUUUGAAGAAACAAAAUGAAGAAAGGCACCAAGGACAAUCCUACUCCGUACUUCACUGUACAGAUGACAAUCACGAAAUAGAACGACACCACGGUUCCCAUGGCCAUGAAGAGUUUGAUUUCAGUGAGGUUUUUGUACACCAACUUAUACAUACCAUAGAGUUUGUCCUUGGUGCAGUCUCGAACACAGCAUCCUAUCUUCGUCUAUGGGCCCUCAGUCUAGCGCAUUCAGAGUUGUCGAGUGUAUUUUACGACAAGGUUCUACUCUUAGCUUGGGGGUUCGAUAGUUUGAUCAUCCGAAUAGUAGGAAUGGCUGUUUUCAUUUUUGCAACUGUGGGAGUUCUACUAAUUAUGGAAACUCUAAGCGCAUUCCUACACGCCUUGAGGCUCCACUGGGUGGAGUUUCAGAACAAAUUCUACGCUGGAGAUGGAUUCAAAUUUUCCCCUUUCUCCUUUUCGUUGCUUCGAGAGGAGGAUGAGUGACACAAAACUCAAGAGGUUAGUUGCCUUCUUCCAUAUUUCCAACUGUUUUGGUUUCUAUAUAAUUUACAAAUUUUGUUGAUAUUAUUACCUUCUCUUUUUUAAUAUAUAUACCUGAAGUGUGUUUGUCCACAUAUACACACACGAGUGUUAAUAUAUAAAGUACAUAUGUAAAUGAGAAUUGCUUAUAAAGAUGUUUUAAUUUAGAUUUACGUGGUCUAAGUUUGACAUUAGGUUAUUGGCUAAGGUAUAUAAAUUUGAGAAUAAACUCACCCGCAAAAUUUUACUUA